CUCUCCUAAUGGUGAUCCCUUCAACAAGAAGUGGCAAAACCGGAGUACCCAUUAAAGCUUUGUGUUUCCUCCUACUGUUUCUAUUUCUUCUGAUACAGGAAGCUAAAUGCAAGCUCCCACCACCUCAAAGGACCUUCAAAGAACACCACGACAAGUUCUUGAAGACAGCGGCAGCUCGGUCGAAGGCGGUCGUGAACAGCCACAAGGGUAGCGAAAGCACCAAGGUUAAGAAGGAUGGAAGGGUUUUCUAUCCGAUUGGAUAUGGAGCAGACCCGAGUGGGGAGAAGGACAGUAGUGAAGCCAUUUUGGAUGCUUUGAAGGAUGUGUUUCAAGUGGGGAAGCGUGGGUCGGUGUUGCUUCCUGGGGUCUCUGAUCUUGGUGGUGUAGUCAUUGAUUUCCAAGGUGGUAACUACUCUAUUAGCAAACCCAUUCGUUUUCCUGCUUCCAGCAUGGGCAAUGUUGUGGUACAAAGAGGGACCCUGAGAGCUUCCAAGACCUUCCCUGGUCAGAGGCAUCUCAUUGAAUUAUGGUCUCACAAUUCUGGAAAAACUGGUGCUAACAAUGCUGGAAUCUACUAUGAGGAUAUCACCUUCCGGGACCUCCUCUUGGAUUCAAAUCUCCAAGGAGGUGGAAUCUACACAAAAGAUUCAGCCCGAAUCCGUAUCGACAAUUGUUUCUUCAUCCACUUCACCACUCAAGGCAUCCGAGUAGAAAAUGGCCAUGAGACCUUCAUCUCAAGUUCUUUCCUUGGCCAGCACCCGACAGUCGGCGGUGACAAAGGCGAGAAAUGGUUCUCCGGUACCGCAAUUGAUCUUGCCAGUAAUGAUAAUGCAGUCACUGAUGUUGCCAUCUUCUCGGCGGCAACCGGAAUUAUCUUACGUGGUCAGGCUAACAUUCUCACCGGGGUACAUUGUUACAAUAAGGCCACAGGCUUUGGUGGUAUAGGCAUACUAGUAAAGUUGGGAGGGUUGUCACAAACUAGGAUAGAUAAUUGUUACUUAGACUAUACAGGUAUAGUGAUGGAAGACCCAGUUCAAGUCCAUGUUAGUAAUGCAUUCUUCUUAGGGGAUGCUAAUAUUGUGUUGAAAUCCAUCAAGGGACAGAUAUCAGGAGUAAAUAUAUUGAAUAACAUGUUCACUGGGGAUCCUAAAAAUAUGGUUCCUAUUGUGAAAUUGGAUGGGAAAUUUAGGAACAUUGAUCAAGUUGUGAUUGAUAGGAACAAUGUCAAUGGCAUGAAAUUAAAGACGACGGUCGGGAGAUUGACAGUCGCCGGAAAAGGGACUAAGUGGGUGGCCGACUUCUCGUCGAUGUUGGUGUUUCCAAACCGUAUAAAUCAUUUCCAGUACUCGUUUUACUCUCAAGGGAACUCCGAUUUUGUAUCGCAUGCCAUCACAAAUGUUUCCAAUAAUGUGGUGGUUGUGAAGAGUAAAAGGGUUGUUGAUGGGGUGGUAUCAAUGGUGGUUGAUCAAGAUGCCUUGCAAGGAGAGAAGAAAUUCAUCAGAUAAAUAUUGUAAGCAUGCAGAUUUCUUGACAUGCCCUCUCAAAAAACAUAAAAAAAAAAAAAAAAAAGACUCUACACUCAUGGGCUUGAGAGAAAACCGUUGCCCAUAUUGUAAAUACCAACUCUAGUGGCAAACUUAAAUGGAAGUUUUAAGUUGGAUUUGAGGUUGUCAUGAUUUUUUUUUUUUUUGGUUGAGGUUCAAGAUGAGAGAUUGCUAGGAGAUGCAAGACUAACAAUGCAUAGUGUCUUAUAAUGAUGUAUGGUUGUGUCUAAUAAAUCUUUUCUUUAGCUUCUUAUAUAAAAUGAAAUUAGUGCAAGAAA